GGGGGAAGCGACGCGGGCCGGGGUUCCUCUCGGCGGACCGACGGACCCCGUUGCCGCUCGCGAGAAAGGCCGAAGAGCCCUCGGUCCCAUCGUCCGCGGCCGGCGCAGGACCGGGGGCUUCCCACGUGACGCCUCGCAUCAUAGAGUUCCCCGAAGGAGCGCCCUGGCGGGAGAGCGCAUGCGUGCGGGCGCUCCGCCGAGGGAACCGCCGCCGCCGCCGCCGCCAUGACCUCCGCCUCCACCAAGGUGGGCGAGAUCUUCUCCGCGGCCGGCGCCGCCUUCACCAAGCUGGGCGAACUGACGAUGCAGCUGCACCCGGUGGCCGACUCCUGCCCGGCCGGGGCCAAGUGGACGGACGCCGAGAUCGCCCUCCUGCGGGCCUCCGUGCAGCGCUUCGGCGACGACCUGCACCGCAUCAGCGCCCUCAUCAAGGACCGCACCGUGGCUCAGCUGAAGGGGGCGGCCAAGCGGAAGGCUUACGAGGACUCCGGGCUGCCCCCGCCGCCCCCCGCCGACUCCCCCAAGAAGCCCCCCGGCCGCAAGCCGCCCGCCGCCCCGCCGCCCGAGCCGCCCGCCGCCAAGAAGCCCAAGGCGGACCUGACCCUCAGCGCCCUCAACGACGCCGACGCGCCCCGGGAGGAGGGCGAGGGGCUGGCGGGAGAGGCGCCCCCCCCGACGGCCAAGAAGCUCAGCUUCGACCAGGCGCUCUCCCUCUCCCCCUUUCUCUCUCUCUCUCUUGCAGACAGCCUGAACCUGGAGCCCGGAUUCCUCCUGACGCCCGGCGGAGCCGAUCUGCCGCUGCUGUCCCGCUGAGCCUCCCCGGCUUCUGCCUCCCUCCCUCCCUCCCUCCCUCCCUCCCUCGGGCAGGGCCUGGCGGUAGGGGGCGCCCCGCCCCGGGCCUCUGCCUCUUCUUGUCCUGGAGCCCAAUAAAGGCUGCUGUGCUCUG